GGUGUAUUUUAUUCCGCUUAUAACAAAAAACAUGAGUUCCCAGGUGUGUACACAAACCCAGACAAGUGUGGAAUAUCGAAGAGCCAACAUACAGAGAGAGAGAGAGAGACCUUAUCCUCUACGUACAAGAACAAACCAUUCGUCACCUCGAAGAAACGUCCUUUCGGUUUUGUAUAAGACACCGGCAUUUCAGCAGCCCGCCGCCUGAGGGAUCGAUCUUCCGACAACAUCUGCAAUGCCUCACGAUGAUAGUAUGGAGCUGCUUCGGCACUACGUCCAUAUCCCCGACGUUAAUCCAUCCCCUCCUCCGCCGGAGCUCACCGGAGGAGCAGCAGAUCCUCCUCCUUCCGAUCAGAAUCUCUUCAUCCACGAAGACGAGUUGGCGUCUUUGCUGCAUUAUCCUCUCCUCUUUUCCACCUCGACUGUUCUUCACGAUCCGCCGCAGCAGGCGAGACCGACCAAUCAGGUUCGACCUGAGAGCAGGACGGCGAACCUGCAGAGGACUGUACGGAACUUCUCCAUAUUCAGAGGGAGCACUAACACCGGCGUUGAAUCUGUAAAACCGUCGUCGGUGAUGAGAGAACCGCCCCCGCCGCCGGUCGGAUCCGAUGUGACGCGGCGACCGGGCGGUGGUGUAGCGGCGGCGUUGUACGAGAUCUCCCGGACGUCGUCUUCGAAGGGCGAGGUGGAGAAGACUUUCUCACGGACGGAGAUCACCGGAGAGCGGAAGUGGAAGGGCAGAGAAGCUAUUGACGGAACCGAGUGCCGGAGCGAGGAAACGAAACAAGCUUCUGGAUCAACUUCCAAGAGAAGGUGUCGAUCUGCAGAAGUUCAUAAUCUUGCUGAAAGGAAACGGAGGGGUAACAUCAACGACAAGCUGAGGGCUCUGAAGGAAGUGAUGCCGCACUGCAACAAGUCGGACAAAGCAUCCGUGCUGGAUGAAGCUGCCGAAUACACGAGAUGUCUUCAGCUGCAAGUGCAGAUGAUGUCAAUGGGGUAUCAGGGUAUGCACCAGAACAUGCAGCACAUGCCAAUGGGCAUGAAUCCGUCCAUGCCAGCCAUGGCUCAUAACCAUAUGCGUCGCCAACCAUUUCCAACCCCACCCUUCCCUGUCCCGUCCAGAGUCAAUAUACCGAGCCAGCAGGCAAACCCGGCGAUGCAAUCAUUCCAGCCCUUCCCGGGUUUCUUUGGACCAGAUCAGCUGUUUCCUGGUCUCGACCCUAUGCAAGCAUCCAUGUUGCAGGCAGAAAUAAGAAACAGAGUUACAGAGCAGCCCAGUUCCAGCGAGUCUAGUAGUAGUAGUAAGGAACCCGAGGAGGAUCGAGAGAACCAGUCAUCAGGUUAGCAAUACUUGCCCUUUCUUCAAACGCAGAAUGAAGUAUGAAACCCGACUCGGUUCUUGCAGAUGAAGAACAUAGUUUAGGUACAACUCCUUAAAAAAAAAAAAACCUUUGUAUAUGAAAGAAAAAACAUGAACCACUUGUUCAAGAACUCAACAGAUUAGAU